CUCUAAUUUUAUUUUAAUUUUUUCUCUCUCUCGAUCAGCUUUUUUAUUUGAAUUUUUUACUUCAAUUUUGAAUCGAAAGUGUGUUCAAAUCAUUUGAAUCUUCAAAUCCGUUGCGUAGUUUCGUCUGAUCUGAGUAUUGGAAGCGUCACGUUAAAAAUAUGGGGCUGUCUUUCACAAAGCUAUUCAGCCGGCUUUUUGCCAAAAAGGAAAUGCGUAUACUGAUGGUUGGUCUUGAUGCUGCUGGUAAAACCACCAUUCUUUACAAGCUGAAGUUGGGAGAAAUUGUCACUACCAUUCCCACCAUCGGUUUCAACGUUGAGACCGUUGAAUACAAGAACAUUAGCUUCACUGUUUGGGAUGUUGGUGGCCAGGACAAGAUCCGACCAUUGUGGAGACAUUAUUUCCAAAACACACAAGGACUCAUCUUUGUGGUGGAUAGCAAUGAUCGUGAUCGUGUGGUUGAAGCUAGAGAUGAGUUGCACAGGAUGUUGAAUGAGGAUGAGUUGAGGGACGCUGUGCUGUUAGUAUUUGCUAACAAGCAAGAUCUUCCAAAUGCUAUGAAUGCUGCUGAGAUCACUGACAAGCUUGGACUUCAUUCUCUCCGCCAGCGCCACUGGUAUAUCCAGAGCACUUGCGCCACAUCCGGUGAAGGACUGUACGAAGGACUGGACUGGCUCUCAAACAACAUUGCAAACAAGGCAUAGAUGACUUGUCUAUCUCACUAAUGCCCACCCCUUUCGGAAUUAUCGAUGUUUCUACCUCCGUUAAAAUGUUCUGUUUUUUUUUCUUUUUGUGUUCCUUGUUUCUCGCAAACGUCUUCAUUUGUUACAUCGUAGUUUAAGAAUAAUUGAUAUAUAUAUAUAUAUUGGUUUUUCUUGUGUUUAUUAUCUUGAUAGUUGGAAGAAAGUAUAUUUGUUCCUUUUGGAUUGCAUUUGUUUUAAAGUUGAGAAAAACUUCAUUCAAACCAUGUUUU